AUGAGCGGCGCUACGAUUGUCAUGGCACCUGCCAUGGAACACACUUCUGGCAUGACCAGGUCGAAUUCAACACCGGAAUUAAUGGCCUUAUCUUCAUGGCAAUUCAAUGGGCAGAAGCCAACUCCCGACUCCUCCUUCGAUGUCCCGUCUUUCGAUAGCGAACUCGAUCUUGAUAUGACCUUGAAAAUCAACGACAUUACGAAAAGCUCGCCAAAACCCCGAUCACAAAAGCAGACGGUUGCGGUGGCUCCGGCGGGCGACAAGGAGCCUUUGCGCCGCAUGAGGGCAGGGUCUCUGGUCGACCAAUCCAGACGCUGGUUUCCGAGCUCUAAAUCAGCCAAGGAGUCAGCCGCUGACCGACCGACCACAUCAUCAGGCGAUCGCAGCCUUGAGUUGAAGCGACCUGGAUCCUCGGGACGGAUGAUGGGCAAAGUUGAGGCUGGAUUAUCUCUUUCAAAGCGAUCUUGGUCAUUCGGGCCUAAGCGUUCCGCCGCCAUGGAGGUCGUGGCCGAGACGCCUCCUCCGCUCCCUACCAAGGCAUCGGAAAUACCCAGAGGACCUGAACUCACUCUUGAUCCGCAGAUUGUUUCAAUCCAACAAUUGGAGCCAGCCCGGCCUCCUGCUCGAUCCUUCUCUCGGGCUACCAGCUAUUUUAGCAAGAUGAAGCAAAAAACCCUCGGGAAUGCGGCCGAUUCGGACAGCAGCUCAGCUACCUCUGCUGCAAGCGCCUCGAAUGCCGUCAACGAUACUCGGUUUUCGCAGUCCACAUCAUGUGAGAGCAGUACCAGGGCAGCUAGCGAGGAACAAACCGAAAUACCACAUCAGAAUGCAGACCCCCUGUGGUCUUCCUUCAAGUCGAUGGAGAUCGAAUUUAAGACUUUCACCACUAAUUCGAUACCGAAGCGAAUGGCAACUGUGCAGGGGGCGCUUCUCCCUUUCUUGCGGACGACUGCCAACCACCCUUCAACGAAGAAACUUUCCCCGGAGGACGUCGACCGCAGAGCGCAGGUUUUGAACUUGUGGUGGAAAGAAAUCCUAGAAAUGCUCAGCGGAACAAGUUCAGUGACGGUGCCAGGAGUGGAAAGGCCACCACUGUUUGACAUUUUGGUUCUGAUUAUGACUCGCCAUGAAUGGAGACAGACGACAAGCUCCUUCUUGCCGUUAGCCGAGAGAGAACUCCGUGGGGGACAGAAUCGCUCGCCUGCGACAGAGGUCUCGGACUCAAAUGACAGUGUUGAUGAGGCCACACUCUUGGCAGAGACCGCGGAGCAUAAUGUUCGCACCAUGUUUGUCUCAAACCUUGUCAAACAGCUCACAUUUGUGAUUGAUAAGCUCUCUACACGCAAUACGCCAUCGACUCUGCUGCGAUUCGCGGGAACGACAUUUGCUUAUGCCAGUUUCUUUGUUUCAGGAGUGGCUGAUAUACUAUUCAGGCUUUUGGCUCUGAGCCAGGAGCUUAUUAGACGGACGGCGGAUGCCCUUGGCCUCCCUCGUAUGUCAGAGUGCAUGAGUGAUGGUAUUGUGGACAACUUCCCCCCUGCGCUUCACGGUCUGGGCUGGAGAUCACAACAAGAAACAUGGAAUUUUCUUAGGCAAACACCUGCACCACCGAUGAUUAUUGCUCGCGUCCCCUGGGCGGGGCAAUGGAUGAUGCGAUGGAAAGCAAAGGAUACGGAUCUGUUUUUCACCUUUUGCAAGCAGUUCCACUUGCUGUCCAAUGAGUUUCUCCCGGCUGACCUUCCCUUGAACGAGAGGGCAAUGUCCCCUGGCUUCGUCAUUGUCCAGGCACGUCUCUUGUCUGCAAUGGAUGCUACGGUGCAUCGUGUGUCGACUAUGCCAUGUGCGACUCAACCUGGUGGCAUGGACGGCCUUGGGUCUGAUGCUGCCAUGUCAAUGCCACUCUCACCCACGGACAUGGCUAAGGGUAUGUCGGAGAACAAGUUGGUCGUCCUGCUAAAAUCAUACCUUUUGGAAAAUGCAGCGGUGUCCUCAAGUGGCAAGGACACAUUCGCCGACAUGUACUCGCGCCUUUUCCAAGCUUCGGUUCGCCGGACGUCUCUUUAUAACGGACCCGCCUGCUUCACCCUAUGCGACUUGAUGGAGGAAGUAUUUAUUGUGAUCGAUCAGUUUGAGACCCAAGCCAAAUCGGACAAACACAUCGACUGGGAUUUUUGGCUAGAGGUUUACAAGAAAAUGUUACGUUCCUGGAACACGGUGACUGAGGUUCGCGUAAUCUCUUCGGUCUACUCUCUUUGGGAUAUCCUGGCGAAGAAUCCAGCUCGAAAAAGCCUCUUCUGCUUGGAUUGGCUCCUCACGGAGGAGGUUUUCAGUGCGUUCUUUAACCACUGGUGCCCCAUGGUGCGUGCUUACUAUCAUCGCCUGCUCUGCUGGAGAAUAUGCCGAUGUGUGGGCCAAGCUGAUGAAGUUGACACAUCAAUUUAUUUCACGGUUACAAGAAGACUUAAAACAUCAUUGGCACACUAUCUCUUUUUGAAACAGACUGCAGAGGCUGAAGGCCGUUUUCCUCCAUCUUCUGCGCCAAUUGUACCGACACCUGGCAAAAGAUUUAUGAUUCUUCGCCAAGAACUAAACCAGCCACAGCCUGGUUUGUUUGUCAACUUUGACAGUUUUGCAAAGGGACCUAUUGUCACUGAAUCGUCACUGAAUGAAAGUGCCAGCGCCGUAGAUUCCGCUUUGCUCAAGAACGAUUCAAAGAAGAAAUGGAGCAUUUUCGGAAAGGUCUUCUCUAUGGGAGCCGGGUCCGCGUCGACGAAAGCCCAGUCGGGGUCUUCGGAAGAUGAAUUGACCACUGUUCGUCGCAACACAGCAGAAUCGAGGACCAGGCAGCCACUGCCUCCAAAGAUCACUAUCCCAUCACGAACGAGUGAAUCAGACUCCACCUGCUCCUCACCAUUGAUCGAUGAGCAGAAAUACAUCUUCAGAUUUAUUCUCAGCUUCCAGGGGCCUCAACCUCCCGCACGAGAUCGUGUUUUGGGGUUGCCCCGCCUCCCUGCCCCGGCCCAGGCCAUUACAGAACCUCGCAGCCGAUCUACGAGCCCACACACGUUGACGGCCGAGAUAAUACCCGUCUCUAAGUCUGGGAGUGUUUCCUCUAAACCCAACAGCGUAUCUACCUCUGAAACUGAGAGUUUGUCUUGCUCCGAGGAUGAGAGCGUGUCGUCAGCUGAAGAGAAUGGCGAAACACCAAAGGCUGAAGGCGAGCCGGUGGCCGCAAAGGAGACCACGCAUUUGGCACCCGCGGAUAACGGCCCAGAACCCAAAACCGAACCCACGAAACCAGUGGGAUUUUACAAACAAAACGCAAUCUACACCGGCAGGGCUUUGGCGGAAUGGGCGGUGGUGGUCAUGGAGUGUAAUAGCUUCGUACUCCGUCGCCGUGAAGAGGGAAUCCCGACACUGAAAGCUGUUGAGAUUCCUACGCUAGGUAUCGAUGGCUUCCGAAGACAGGGCUUUUAG